AUCAAACUCCUUCCAACUUCAUUGUCCCACAAGUGCUUGGCGCAAUCGCCUCAGACACCGUUCACCUCAGCCAUCGUUCACCACAGACACCAUGUCUCAAAGACCCAACAACAACAGAAAGCACCCUCACCCCCAAGCCGAGUCCCUAGUCCCUCAUCGCACGCAAGAUAUAAUCUCUCUCCCACAAGCUACACUCCUUGUUGGCCAUCUUACAGCCAUUCGAGACGAAUACCUCCAGCUCCUCUGCCAAUUUCCUCCCGGCCACCCUUCCAUCCGAGCAGAGCUCUCGCAAUACUCCGAUCUCACUAUCCAAAACCUUGACCGCCUCCUCGGAAAUGCUCGCAGCCUUCUCACUUCCAUUCGAUCCUACGGCGGCCGUCCCGUUGGACGGGAGAUAGCACGAGACGAUUACAUCCUCCACGGCCAGACGGAUCGUCAAUACCAGAAGUUGCGGGAGCAGUUGAAUGAUUUGGAGGAAAAGUUGGAAAAGGAGCAGUACGACCACCUUCGCCUUCCCCGCCGCCAACAACCAGGCCCUUUUCGUCCAAUUGGUCCGGCUCAGCCAAGCUUCCGUCCAACUCCUUCUCCACCUCAAUACCAACCCCGACCAUCUCGUCCCACGUCUCCUCAACCCACUCGCCCCUUCCAUCGACGUGCUCCGAGCUACCAGGAUUUGUUGGAGGAGAACCGGGAGUUGCGGGACGAGGUUAGGAUGUUGAAUGAUCAUGUUCGCCGGCAAGAACGUCAGAUCGAAAGAAUCUUGGAGUGUAGGGAGCGGGAGCGGGAGGAAGAGGAAGAGGGUGAGGGUGAUGAGGGAGAGGAGAGGGGAGGAAAGCGGAGAAAGGUUUAG